AUGUCUAUAACGUCCUUUGACAAUAAACCCGGCACAGGCGGUUUCCUAAAAUUCAACUCCGGUCCGCCGCGCAUAUACCUAACAUGUGCCUUGCCAGCACCAGAGAAAGCACUUUUGUCCUGGCGCGAAGAAGGCUACGACGCGCAAUAUCUCCCCUACGAUCCUAAUACGCAAACACAAGCAACCUACAUCCGAACCCUCAAACAACUAUCCGAAACCUUGAAUCUAGGCGAACAUUACGCGAUAAUAGCCUACGGUGACGCAGCUAGUGUCGUCUUGAAAACAGCCCAGAAACCGUUGGCGAAAUGCUGUGCGAUCAUAGCGUUUUAUCCGAGCUUGUUGCCCAGUCCAAAGACCAUGUAUCCGAACUCGCAUCAGUUACAGGUCCAUGUCGCAGGCUUAAGCCAGACUAGUCCAAGACCUGAUAUGUGCGAGUGGAAGUUGUACCGAUACGAGAAGAGUGCCACAGGUUUUGCAGACCCGUCAUUGCGAGCGUAUUCGGAGGUAGAAGCCAACUUAGCGUGGACGAGAGCGCUAGCAUGUGUCCGGAAAGGGUUCGGAAAGAACGUGGACCUUGAGCCGACUGCGCUGAGUCACUGGAAUGCUAGGUUUGAGGACGAUGACCCAGAUCGUGCGAGCAUGAGUGUCGUAAAGAAUAUGACGCAGGACAGCCCACACGUGACAAUCUUGCCGACGAUGCAGGGAGGUGUGGGAAGGAAGAAGCUUGCAGAGUUCUAUGGAGAGUUCUUUGUGCCUAGCUUGGUAGAGGAUUUUUCCAUACGAUUGGUCUCCAGGACCAUGGGCGUUAAUCGCAUAGUGGACGAGAUGGUUGUGUCUUUUACGCAUUCGGACGAGGUUGAUUGGGUGUUACCAGGUGUGCCGCCAACGAACAAGCGAGUGGAAAUACCCAUGGUCAGCAUCGUGGCGGUAAGAGGAGACAAGUUGAUUUCGGAGCACAUGUACUGGGAUCAAGCUUCUGUUCUCGUGCAAGUUGGUUUGCUAGAUCCUAAGAUGGUACCGAAGAAGCUGAAAAACGACGGACUAAAGGCGCUGCCUGUUGUGGGGGCAGAGGCAGCGAAGCAACUCGUUGAACCGCAGCAGAACCGAUAUAACAAGCUCUUGCAGAUGCAUGGUCUGAUGGAUGGGUUGAAUGGCAACUAG